AGUCUGGCAUUGGUAACAGUUCCUAUAUAUUGGGCUCCUCGGUUUCUCGUAUCAAUUACAACCAAGACCAAAACUAAAAGGUGCUCUCAUUAUUAUAGAAGAACAACAAGUCUAGCUUUUUGUAACAGUAAUAGAAGAAGGUGUGUUAUCAUGGCUCAGAAGAACAUCCUGGUCACCGGUGGGGCCGGCUACAUAGGAAGCCACACGGUUCUCCAGCUCUUAUUGGGUGGCUUCAACACCGUUGUCGUUGACAACCUCGACAACUCCUCCGCCGUAGCUAUUGAACGAGUCAAAGAACUCGCCGCUGAUUUUGCUCACAACCUUUCCUUUCACAAGGUGGACCUCCGGGACAAACCAGCACUUGAACAAAUUUUUGCUUCAACAAAAUUUGAGGCUGUCAUACACUUUGCUGGGCUAAAAGCUGUUGGUGAAAGUGUGCAAAAACCAUUGCUCUAUCAUAACAACAACUUAAUUGGGACAAUUACUUUGUUGGAAGUCAUGGCUGCACAUGGAUGCAAAAAGCUUGUGUUCUCAUCGUCAGCUACUGUCUAUGGUUGGCCAAAGGAGGUACCAUGUACAGAAGAGUUCCCCCUUUUUGCAGCAAAUCCUUAUGGGAGAACCAAGCUUUUCAUUGAAGAAAUUUGUCGUGAUAUCUACGGCUCGGACUCUGAAUGGAAAAUCAUAUUGCUAAGAUACUUCAAUCCCGUUGGCGCACAUCCUAGUGGCCAUAUUGGUGAGGAUCCCCGUGGAAUUCCAAACAACCUCAUGCCCUUCGUGCAGCAAGUUGCUGUUGGCAGGCGACCAACCCUCACAGUUUAUGGAACUGAUUAUUCAACUAAGGAUGGUACUGGGGUUCGUGACUACAUUCACGUUGUUGAUUUAGCUGAUGGUCACAUUGCUGCUUUGCGCAAGCUGGAUGAGCCUACUGUAGGUUGUGAGGUUUACAACUUAGGAACAGGUAAAGGAACAUCAGUUCUGGAGAUGGUUGCCGCAUUUGAAAAGGCAUCUGGAAAGAAAAUUCCACUUGUAACAUCUGGGCGGCGACCUGGUGAUGCUGAAAUUGUUUAUGCUUCUACAGACAAAGCAGAAAAAGAAUUGGAAUGGAAGGCAAAAUAUGGCAUUGAUGAGAUGUGCCGGGAUCAAUGGAACUGGGCUAGCAAAAACCCUUAUGGUUAUGGAUCUCCUGAUUCCACCGACUAAUCAAUGGAAUUGGGCUAGCAAAAAUCCUUAUGUCAACUUAUAGAAAAAAGAAAGAAAAGAAAACUAAUGGCUAUGGAUCUCCUGACUCCACCAACUAAAACAACGCAUAUUUUUGUCCUGUCACCCGUGGUGUCAUGCUUUUGCAGCCUUCUGACAUUAGUUUUUUCUAGAACUUGGCAGACAUUGAAGCUGAUAAUCAUUGUGGUGUAAUUGUUCUAGGUUACUAGCCAAGUAAUUCUUGGUUUCUACAUUUCGUUAUAAAGGUGAAAUAGAUUGUCCAUUUCAAAAUUGGUGAGACUUAAUUUAUUUAAUACAAUUGCAACCUUUUUCUUUCUUAAAAACA